UCCCUCCUCAUCCAUCAUCAGCUGCUCUUAAUGGUUAUUCUAACAGGAGGGAUACAAUACUUCCUCCAGAGGGCAGUGCUGAGUCGCAGGCGUCGACAAACAUGGCAACCAUGUGCUGGAUCUGAAAUGGACUGAAACACAGGUGGAUAUCGUGGGGGUGGAACGUGAGAGCACUGCAUGUACGGCUACCAUUUCCAGGAAACUAUCCAAUGCUAAUGAACUUGACACCGUUUCGUUACCGUCUCCAUGGCAACACAGCCUGUGUGUACACACACACACAUACACACACAGAAUGUUAACAGUAAACAAGCCUCAAUAUUAGUGAAGUAAAGACACUGAAAUCCAACAGGAACCAACACAGUGUGUCAGGAUGCCUUCAAGUCACGGGAAGAUGGACAUGGAGCGGCUGGGCAUCUUUAAAGAGAUGAGUUACAUUUCUAUAGGAGACAAAUACACGUCACUCACCAACCGUCCGUUUAAUGUGUCGGCUCACCGCGGCCGGCAGAUGCAGGCGGGAACAACGAGACAGUGGUGUGCUCUGCAGAGCGGUUUCUUUGACAAGUCGUACAGACGCGUGUUUGAGCGCGAGGCCCUGACUGAGCCGCUGAGACUCGCCCGUCUGCACCGGGUCCAGCAGGCCAAGAGGAACCUGGGCAAGGCCUUCGUCCCCUGUGACGGCAUCAAGAGGCCCUGUGGUUCCGGGAGUUUCUAUGGGACGUUAUCAGGACCUGUUGAAUCCCUGAGUCCGCUGACAGUCGGCCAGAAAUCCCGGCGCUCACCUGGACGCAACAUCCUCACCUCACCUCCAAAGAAAGGCAGUGGAUACAGCUAUCCCAAUGUCACGCUGUCUGACAUGCAGCUGUACGCCUCUGAGCCCUACGACCGUCCCAAAGACGUCCUGAAGAAGGAGGCGGCGAUCCAUCGCUCCAAGUUCAGAGACGGUCCCUUCAAGCUCAACCUUCACCCCAGAGCUUUUUUCCAAACCAAUCCAUACCACGGCAACAAGCCUCUGUCUGCACCACACAAGCCCCGCCCACCUGCACAGAAAGCGCCCCCUGUUCCCUUCAAGCCCUCGUCCCCCAGCAAACGGCCUGGAGGAAUGAAGGCGGGGACGUUUGACACUUACCCCUCACACUCUGCUGAUCCGUUCAUCGCUCGCCGCUCCAAAACCACCAAUCCGGAGCCAGUGUUUCACCCCCCGCCUGGUCCUAAGAGCACACCUGUGAAGAGCAUCAUCACUGUCAAUGUUAACAGGAGCGUGCACUCUGCAAACUACACUUCAACCAUCCCGCCUGUGAUGACACUGUGACUACGCCAACACCAGCAGUGUUCUGUAUGUGUUAGUGUGUAUCAGCUGUCAUAAAAGUCCUUCUCUCAUCCUUCAAAAUCAUGUCUCCUUGUAUUUACACUGUUGAAGACAGAAUAAGAUUUACUUCCUUUUAUUCCAACAUCUAUUGUUGUAUUCAGAUCCGUUUCUUCCUCCUUGUGUAUAAUGAUAAUGUUCAUAUGUCGUAACAACUAAGAGCUCAAAUUAAGUUUCGUACACAUAUUUAUAUAAAACAUUUCACUCAAUCUGACAGUUGCUGUCGACAUAUUCUGUGCAUCGUUCACAGUUCAGGAAUGCUUUCUUUAGAGGACAGCAAACAUUCCAAUAAAUAGAAUUGAUGAUACUUUAUUGAUCUCGAGGGAAAUGCAAAGAAAAGAGAAUUCAUGUCCUUUGGGUCAGAACAUUGUUGUAAAAAAUGAAGUGAAAUUGUGUAUUAUAUUCUGCUUAAUGUAAAUACAAGCAUGUCCACUAGUCUGACAGUCAUUACCUUCUGUAAAUUAAUUUAGCCAAUAUUACAGAAAUGCAUUAAACAUAAAUUUUGAAUUAGAACUGUUUUAACUCAAGUAAAAACGUCGCAGAACAUAUUUCACUUGAAACUUAUUUUACAUAUUAUUAAAGAUAAAAUUGGGCUUUUGUUGUAUUUUAAGUCCAAGGAAAACCUAGUGGUCCAUCUGCUUGUAGGACGAUCUUUGAAUGAGCUUCCUUUCCCACAAUGCACAGCGGCGCACUUCUUAAAAGCAAGCGGGACUUCCGCUCGUCCUCUUCCGCCGCAGCAGCUUCCGCUAACACGUCGUCCAUUACGCGAGAGACCGUGUCUCGUCACACAUGCUGUAGCAGGAUGGCGUUGGAUGGACACGCCUGCGUCGUCUCGGAACCACAGCGGAGACUCGGAGCUUCUCGGUGUCUUCGUGCCGCAGACUGACGGAGCAUGAGGAGCAGCUGGCCUGCAGGGGGCAGCAAACGCCUUUAUAGUGUUCAGUGACCUCCCGCCAGGCUGCUGUGAAUGAGUGGGUAAGAUCUGCAGUGUAUAUAUAUAGUAUAAUCAGAACGUCUAAUGACUGUAUGGAUCAAAUGUAAAGUGUUUAAAAUAAACUUUGUUCUUGCACCACA